GAAUCCAUGCAGCGGCUGACUGUACUGCCUCUUAAAUAGGAGCAAACAGACUCAUCGCUUGUGACUCUGACACCACUGAGACCAACGCUCCCUCUCCCGGACUGACGGGCCAAUCGCAGGACACCCCUCACUCUCUCAGUCGCUCUCUCUCUCUCUCUCUGAUUCUCUCUCUCGCAUUCAUUCCUUUGCUCUCCAUCUCUCUCUCUGUCUGUAGCUAAGUCUCUCUACCACACCUCGUCCAGUGCAGAGGAACAGAAAGCCCCCUGCCCAGCCCAGGGAUAGCCAGACCGCUGAGAGGAUGAAACUCUGACAAGCAGACAGACCGCAGGGAAACGAGCACAACUGCCCACAGAUAAUUGGUUGAAGGGAGAGUCCAGGAAGGUCAGCCAAGAAAGCAGCCGUAGGUGCCAGCGUGAAAUCUACAGCAACUACAAUUACUUCAACAGUGAGCGGCUGGAACAAGGUGAAUGACAGACGCUGCUUCCCACAGAGUGAUGCUGAGACUGGCUUAGGCUUGCAGCACCACUGAAGACUUACAUGGCACUAGACAAUGACUAUUAGCCCCAAGACCAGCGAACAGUGAUCUACUGACCUCUGAGACAGGUUGUAUCUGACAGAGAGAGGACCACCGCCACGCUCCAGCCCCGCUCCAACCCACUGGUUUGUUAGUAUCAACAGUGAGUGAAUCACCCAGCUUUGGCCCGUCCGGCGUUACCUGUACAUGGAGACCCCCAGUUGGGCAGGAAACACGUUGUGUAAAUCAGGAAGCAUUGCUGUCUUUGGGAACGUGGUGUACAGUGGGCUGCUCAACGAGCACCUCUGGCAUUUAGGAGUUCCCCUCUUCACGAGACUGGGUAACCAAGAGGCCACCAACCCCCCAGAAGCCAUGGCCCAGCCGUACACGACUGCCCAGUACCCGCCUCCCCCACAGAAUGGCAUCCCGGCCGAGUUUGCGGCACCCCACCCCCUCCCCACGCAGGACUACACCGGGCAGAACAGGGUGCCCGAGCAUGCCAUGACCCUCUACACCCCCACACAGACGCACAGUGAGCCGCCGGGCACCGACAACAACACGCCCGCCAUCACCGCCAACACGACUGUACCGACAGAUGACGUGACGCAAUCAGAGGUCUCCCUGCAGCUCCAGCUGCAGCUCUCGGACUCCUCGGAGAAGCAGCAGCCCAAGAGGUUACAUGUCUCCAACAUCCCCUUCCGCUUCCGUGACCCCGACCUGCGGCAAAUGUUUGGGCAAUUUGGAAAGAUUCUAGAUGUGGAGAUUAUCUUUAAUGAGCGAGGAUCCAAGGGCUUUGGGUUUGUAACUUUUGAAACGAGCACAGAUGCCGACCGUGCGCGGGAGAAACUAAACGGUACAAUCGUAGAGGGACGCAAAAUAGAGGUGAAUAAUGCAACAGCAAGAGUGAUGACAAACAAAAAAGUUGCCAAUCCGUACACAAAUGGCUGGAAGCUGAACCCUGUGGUGGGAGCUGUCUAUGGUCCUGAACUGUAUGCUGUAACAGGUUUCCCUUACCCGGCCACAGGGGCUACGGUGGCCUAUAGGGGUGCCCACUUGCGAGGCCGGGGGCGGGCUGUGUACAACACCUUCCGCACAGCACCUCCACCACCACCUAUUCCAGCCUAUGGAGCAGUGGUGUACCAGGAUGGCUUCUAUGGAGCAGAAAUCUAUGGGGGCUACGCUGCGUACCGAUACGCCCAGCCCACCACCGCUGCUGCCUACAGUGACAGCUAUGGCAGAGUCUAUGCAACAGCAGACCCCUACCACCACACAAUCGGCCCUGCCGCUACAUACAGUGUGGGGACCAUGGCUAGCCUAUACAGAGGAGGGUACAGUCGCUUCACUCCCUACUAACAGAAAGAAAAGAGAGAAAGACAGAGACAUUACCCCCCAACAAACAAAAAUCAAACCAAUUAACAAACAAGCAAACACCUCAUCCUUCGUGGAGCGCUAAAUCAAACUAAAAGCUUCCAGGUUACCAAUGCUGACCCCUCCCCCUGACACCCGCCCUCCCGCUACAGACGAUUUCUACAACCUUGUUGAUGUCAUCAUUGGUCUGCUCCUAUGAUUUGUUUUGUAUUCAUUUUGUGCUUUGGAUUGAUUUCGGAGAAGUUAUGUUCUGCACAUGUGACUGCUGUAGAUGGGUGCUGUGUCACCAUAUCCAAUGUGUGCCUACUGUAGUACGCAUGAUGCAUGAUCAGAGGGGUGUGUUUCUGCAGUGACCGUCAGAUGGAUGACAAUCUAGUGGGGCAUUAGAUACACUGUUAUUUAGCCUAUUCUUCAAUUGGAAUUCAAUGAAAUUCAAGCAGGAAACAAAAUAUUGUAUUCCAAUUAGCAUUAGAAAUACAUAAUGAUAAUAAUAACAAAGAUGAUGCACAUGCCCUGCUAAUUCUUCUUUCACAAGACGCCACUGUCAACUGUAUGAUUGCUCUGUAUUGUUGGAGUGUCCUAAUGCACUUGAGUCCUAACAGUGAUGUGGUGUGACAGCAUGCAGAGUGAGGGCCAUUGCACCACAGUGAGGGGUCAGAGUUCACCUGGGGUUGAGACUGGGCUAACUCUCGCUAACGUGGUGGCACUCUAGGCUAAAGGACUUAGGAUUGUGAAGGAUUCAAUGUCUUUGUUGAUUUCACAUUCUUUCCACACUGAUUUGCAUGUUCACGUAUAAUUAACUGAAGUGUACAGUGCAUUCAGAAAAUAUUCAGACCCCUUGACUUUUUCCACAUUUUGUUACGUCACAGCCUUAUUCUAAAAUGUAUUAAAUUGUUUCCCCCCCUCAUCAGUCAACACACAGUACCCCAUAAUGACAAAGCAAAAACAUUUUUUUUCUUAUUUCUUGAAAAUCUAUGUAAAAUAAAACAGAAAUAUCACAUUUACAUAAGUAUUCAGACCCUUUACAAAGUACUUUGUUGAAGCACCUUUGGUAGCAAUUACAGCCUCGAGUCUUCUUGAUUAUGACGCUGCAAGCUUGGCACACCUGUAUUUGGGGAGUUUCUCCCAUUCCUCUCUGCAGAUCCUCUCAAGCUCUGUCAGGUUGGAUGUGGAGCGUUACUGCUCAGCUAUUUUCAGAUCUCUCCAGAGAUGUUCGAUCGGGUUCAGGUCCGGUCUCUGGUUGGGCCACUCAAGGAGAUUCAGAGACUUGUCCCGAAGCCACUUCUGGGUUAUCUUGGCUGUGUGCUUAGGGUUGUUGUCCUGUUGGAAGGUGAACCUUCGCCCCAGUCUGCGGUCCUGAACGCUCUGGAGCAGGUUUUCAUCAAGGAUCUCUCUGUACUUUGCUCUGUUCAUAUUUGCCUCGAUCCUGACUAGUCUCCCAGGUCCCUGUCGCUGAAAAACAUCCCCACAGCCUGAUGCUGCCACCACCAUGCUUCACCAUAGGGAUGGUGCCAGGUUUCCUCCAGAUGUGAUGCUUGGCAUUCAGGCCAAAAAGUUCAAUCUUGAUUUCAUCAGACCAGAGAAUUUUGUUUCUCAUGGUCUGAGAGUCUUCAGGUGCCUUUUGGCAAACUCCAAGCGGACUGUCAUGUGCCUUUUACUGAGGAGUGGCUUCCAUCUGGUCACUACCACAAAGGCCUGAUUGGUGGAGUGCUGCAGAGAUGGUUGUCGUUCUGGGAGAUUCUCCCAUCUCCACAGAGGAACUCUAGAGCUCUGUCAGAGUGACCAUCGGGUUCUUGCUCACCUCACCUUGGUUUUCCCCCGAUUGCUCAUUUUGGCCGGGCGGCCAGAUCUAGGAAGAGUCUUGGUGGUUCCAAACGUCUUUCAUUUAAGAAUGGUGGAGGCCACUGUGUUCUUGGGGACCUUCAAUGCUGCAGACAUGUUUUGGUACCCUUCCCCAGAUCUGUGCCUCGACACAAUCCUGGCUCUACAGACAAUUAUUUUGACCUCAUCGCUUGGUUUUUACUCUGCCAUGCUGUGGGACCUUAUAUAGACAGGUGUAUGGCUUUCCAAAUCAUGUUCAAUUAAUUGAAAAUACCACAGGUGGACUCCAAGUUGUAAAUACAUCUCAAGGAUGUUCAAUGGAAACAGGAUGCACCUGAGCUCAAUUUAGAGUCUCAUAGCAAAGGGUCUGAAUACUUCUAAAUAAGGUAUUUCUGUUUUUUAUUUUAAAUAAAAAACCUCUUUUCACUUUGUCAUUAUGGGGUAUAGUGUAGAUUGCUGAAGAAAAAAACAUAUUUAAUCAGUUUUAGAAUAAAGCUGUAGCAAAAAGUCAAGUUGUCUGAAUGCUUCCCGAAGGCACUGUAUGUGACGUUUAGAGGUGGGUAAUCAUUAUUUUUAGUAUGCUACGCUAUCGACUCAUCUAUGAAGUACUGUAGUGCAAUUCCUGAUAACUAUUCACUUUUCAGUAUUGCACAAAGCAUUCUGUACCUCAGGAUAAACCACUACAAGUGAUUUGAUCUGACAACUAAUUUUAUCAGUAGAAUGCUUGUCUGUUUAUUGAAGAUUUUCUUGACAAAGUCAGCGUUUGACUUGGGCAGAAGCUUACCAGAGCUGUGCACCUGCACCUCAGAUUUUCUACUGCUUGAGCUCCUGCACCUAAAUAUAAACAGUACCAGCACCCAAAAUGACUAGCAUAAGUCAAGCAUACCCACCAAACACUACCAGUGGGUUCCCCCACUUUACAAUGACAGAGCAUUGACUUAUUGGUUUAUUUUGCCUAAAUCUCUCUGGAAGAGCUGAAUUACUAGAGCAGGUACAGUGAGAGAUUAUAUAAUUUCCAUUAUGAGGAGAGAAAUGGACUGUGAACAUGAUUGCAUCAUAUUCCACUUUCAGGAGAAAAUACCUUGUUCCAUACAGCUCUAGGAAGAGUCUUUGUGGUUCCAAACUCCUUCCAUUUAUGUAUUAUAACACCUGCGUGUUGUCAUACCAUGUUAAUGUACUCGAGUACACGUCUUCAACUCAGUAGUUACCCCAUAUGAACUCUUGAGAAAAUGGGAACAUUUCAAAUAAACUAUUUUGUAAGUAGAUCAAGCCAAGAGACAUGAUAUAUAGAUCCGAAUACAAGUAUGGAAAUCUAUAAUUACUCAACUAUUCGUAUAAUAAUAUAAUUUACGUAUGUAUUCUCUUAAGUGUUAUCUGUUUGUUAGACUUUAUUUGUGUAUUUGGAUCAUUUUGUAGAUGUGACAUGUUUAUAAAGACAUCAUAUAUGAGCAGUUAUGAUUAGUCAACAUGUUGAACAUGAUAUAGAUUAAUGUUGUAUACCAAAAUAACAUAUCAUCACUUGAUCAAAGAAAAGCAUAAAACAUUGUUCUUCCUUUUAUAUAUCAAUAUUUAGGGUCCUACCAUGGGGGUCCUACCAUGGGGGUCCUACCAUGGGGGUCCUACCAUGGGGGCUUUUAUAUUAUUCAAAAAAGCUUCAGACAUUGUUAUUAAUGUAUUUGUAGGUGUUUUUGAUUAAAUUACUCUGUGUGUGUGUGUGUGUGUGUGUGUGUGUGUGUGUGUGUGUGUGUGUGUGUGUGUGUGUGUGUGUGUGUGUGUGUGUGUGUGUGUGUGUGUGUGUGUGUGUGUGUGUGUGUGUGUGUGUGUGGAUAGUAGGGUUGACACAACCCAUUUUAAAUGACUUUCCUCCCCAUCCACUUUCAUUGCGCCAGUAUAAAACUGAGUGCUGCUCUGAGCGCCAGUUGAACUUACACAGAGAAUCCCCCAAGAACAACGGCUCAGUGAAGCCAAGUUCCACUGUUUCUUCAACUCAAUUAGCGUCUACGUUUUAAGCAGUGGAAGUCUGCUGUUUGAACACAUGGGCUUCAGACAGCUCCACACAAAAUAUAUAUAUUAUAAAAGAGACAGCUCCACACAAAAUAUAUAUAUUAUAAAAGAGACAGCUCCACACAAAAUAUAUAUAUUAUAAAAGAGACAGCUCCACACGCAUACACUGAGCGGCAAGGAAAAUACUCCCCUCUGCCUUGGUCAAAGAGAACCUCAUGGCUUUGAAUUCUCCCUCUCACUGCCUACCAAUUCCUAAUGAUGCCCGUCAUUACAGCUGUUGUUUCAAAAUCCUAUUUAGCAGACGGCUACUUCUACACUGAACUUAAUUGGAGAGAGAAACUUAGUAAUUACUAUAGUACCAGUUGAUCCGCUUGAAAGGAAAUAGACUAUUUGAAUCCCCCUGUUCAGUUUGGGUGCAGAUAAGUCAUAAAUGAGUUGAGUAGGAAAGCCACAGUGUCAGAGACUGAGAGCAGACAUCUUAAUGAAGGCUGCUCUUCUGAAGCUAUCGUUUAGCAAAUACACUGGAGGCCAUAGUGUGACGAAUAGUAAUUCAUGUUUUUCACUGGCUGUGUGUUUUUGAGGUUUGCCAACUUCUUUCCUCUAGUCUAGACAUCCUGAAAUCUCUCUCCAUGACAACUCUUUGCCUCAAUAAAUCACUUCAUAAGUCCUAACUCAUUGAUAACCUUGAUACAGUAAAACAGAAUCUUCCACUUUAAGCACACACUCAUUUCCUGUCUGCACGUGAACCCGCCUGAUAAGAUGCUAGCUCCUAUGAGAGGAACAUCAAUGCCCAGGAGGGGUGUUAGCCGCCAUGCCUCACCACCACAAAUUAGAGCAGGCUAAUCAGCCACUAUCAAUCACUGUAUCGCUAGCUUCACUUACAGGCCAUUCCUACACUACAUCUUCACCAUAGCAAUGUGCAGAUCUCAGUCUACCAGCAGCUACAUUUCACAGUUAAAAAAGAAAGUCAGCCUAGAACACACCUUUUCAUUGACAUCCUCUACUUUCAGGGUUACUCGGGGUCUGUUUUAUUCAUGAGGACAUUGCAGUGAUGUCAUGUUUUUACUUGGAUGGGUUUGAGUGUUGUCAGUUAAAGUUGUAAUAUGUCCAUACAACUCUUUAUAACUCCGUACAACCCUUUAUAAUCAAUGUAUUCAUUGUUACACUGUUAAAAUGUCAAAUUAUCAAGGCUUCAUAUAACAUAUAAAUAGCUAAUAUAUAUUGUGUCUUAUUAUAUUUUGCUAAAUAUUAAAAAUGUGUAUCUAUAGUGUAGAGGCUGAAAGGUUUUCCAGUUUUAUAAUAUCCUCUAUCCCAUCUACAUUUGUUUUUCGUAGCUAGCUACAUUAUUAAAAACACUCAAUGAAGGUGUUAAACCACAAGCCCAGGCAUAUACAGUCUGCUCACAGUUAAACAUGUUUAUUUGUGUCAAUUGAACACACAGUUUGUUAAUUCAUUAUGAUGUAUUUACUAUUCUAGUCAGUAAGCCUUGAUAAGCUGACUGUUUAAUGUCUUUGUCCAUUCAAAAGAUUUGUAGAAAAAAAGGGAAACAAGCAAAACAGUUUCACUUCCUGUAAAAUAUAUACAUGUAUAUACACAUAUAUUACAGUGGUAUAUUAUAGUGGUUUUAUCUGUGUCUUUUCAAUUCAGCUGAACUUGUUCUAUGAAUUGUACAGUAUGUCCUUUCUAAAAAAAGUCUAUAUGGUCUGAAAGGUGUAAGUAAUUGGCUUUUGAUUUAUUGGUACAGUAUAUUACAUUUCCUUUGUCUUCUUUCAUCAAUGACUUAGUUGUUAGUAUAUGUGACAUAUCUAAGCAACCUCUGAUUGUUUUGAGUGUCAGAAUAAAGCAGUUCUGAGAGCA